AUUAUUACAAAGGUCUCAUGAUGUUUUCAGAUUAAGCCUGUGCAAUAUAGCAGUGAUCCCUGAUUGGCCUGAAAUCGUAGCGAGGGAGUCUGCUGCUUCCUGGUUUGUGUGUUUUUCACUGAUCAGCAGGGGAGACAGACAGACAGGGACCUGCUCUUUGUAGUUAUUAAAAGGCUGGUCAGUGAGAUUGUCACAUGAGAAGGGAAAAUGGAUGAAUUCCGUGGAAGAGUCAUUACUAGCGAUGAGAUCCGGCAGUUCCAACAGAAGUUAGCUCAGUAUGAAGAACGGCAGCUGAAUAUAUUUUAUGAGUAUUUCAAGGAAGAUCUGAUCUAUAUUAUUGAGUGCCUGGACACUCUGAGUAUCCUAAGGGAGCUGAACUUCCGGAAUCUUAUCUCUCUGGAGUAUGUAUCUAUAAAGAAGCAAUGUGGUGCCACUGCAUUUGCUGAGAUGUUGGUAGAAGAUAUUCAUUCUCUUGGGAGAGACGCUGUGCUGGGAUUCUGGGAAAGUCUUUAUGGUCUACAGAAUGAUCAUCCUCACCCCAACCUGCUGGGUGUAUUGGAUGAACUCACUCAAAGAGGUGAUCAUCUGGAACAGAGUAUUCAUUUAGACAAAGAUGGACCUGUUCUGUCUCCUGAUUUCAAAGUGUGCCAGGAAGAGCACAGACAGACUCUUUUAGGGAAAACUCAGACUUUGGUGGAACACAGAGCCCCAGGAUUAACAUGUGAGAGUCAGAGUUUCGAUAUCUCUGAGCGCUAUUUAGACCUCAUUGUUGUCUCCAGUCAGCACUUCAGGUCUCGUCCUCAGCAUGAGCUCAUUGCAACAGGGGGAAUACAUGAACAUUACUUACAGAGAGCUCAGAGUAAUUUGGAGAGGAUUAGCCCUAAUAGGCUAUUCCGCUGGUGCCACAGAAAGAGAUGUGUGCCACAGACAGUGCUGGUGAGCGGAGUGCCAGGGGUGGGGAAAACCACAUUAAUGCAGAAGUUUGUCUUUGACUGGGCCAAUGGGAAACUCUACCAGAGAUUUGCUUUUGUCUUCUUCUUCAAAUUUCGUGAACUCAAUAGUAAGGAUGAGUUGAGCUUGGCAAAAAUGAUCAUUGAUGAAUAUCCCUAUCUACACAAUCAGCUUGACAAAAUUUUUCAAAAUUCUGGACAGCUUCUCUUUAUUUUUGAUGGACUAGAUGAAAGCAAAUAUCAAAUUGAUUUAAAACAAAUGGAACUGUGCACCAACCCCUGUUCCAUGCAGACUGUUGGAGUCAUUGUGUCCAGUUUGGUGAGACAGACUCUCCUUAAUGGCUGCUCUGUCCUAAUAACCAGUCGCCCAACCAGACUCGCAACAGUUGAAACUUCUAUUUUUCACAGAGUGUCUGAAAUUAUGGGAUUUUUCCCUAAGGAAAGAGAGACGUAUUUUCUACAUUUUUUUAGAGAUUACACAAUGGCAGAAAAGGCUUUCCAUUAUGUGAGAGAGAACGGGAUGCUGUACACAUUCUGCUACAUCCCAUCCUACUGUUGGAUCAUCUGCACCGUGUUAUCCAUGUGCUUCAGAGCCCAAAAGAUAAACUCCGCAUCAACUAUAGAAUUCUUUCCAAAAACUGUCACACAGCUUUUUGCCAGUUUUUUAAGUAACAUUCUUGCCAAUCACUGUCAGCAAAGGUGUAUUGAUAAGAAUUUCCUGAUUUCCAUUGGUCGGAUGGCAGAGAAUGGGGUAAAUAGUCACACUCUUUCAUUUACAAAAGAUGAUUUGGAAGCAUUUAGUGUGGAUACUUCCUCACAUCUGGUGACAAGCUUUGUGAUGGAGAGUGGGAAGCCUCCACAUGUGUCCUAUUCCUUCUUGCAUCUCACCAUACAGGAGUUUAUGGCUGCCUUGGUUCACUACCUUGACUAUUCCCCUGAAAGGCUGCAGAAGGCUCUUGAGGAGGCAAAAUCAUAUAAAGACGGCCGUGGGGAAAUAUUCCUUCGUUUCAUAUCUGGACUCUCUGACAGUUCCACCAGAUCCCUGUUGAAGCCAUAUAUAGGAGAUUUAUCAGCUGAGGCCUCCAAGCAUGUUAUCCGCUUUCUCCAGACAUCCAUUUCUACUCUACAGACACCGAAUACUGACAAUCGGAUGCGUCUCAAUGUAUUUGCCAGCCUUACUGAGUCCCGGAACAAAGCACUUGUUUCCUCAUCCAUUGGAUCAAACAAGCAGUUAGAUUUUUCUGAAUUCUAUUUGGCGCCUCUGGACUGCACAGUGUUGGCUUUUAUCCUUGAAUCCUGUAAGGGGACAGAACUUCUAGACCUUUGUUCCUGUUUUAUUCAGACUGAAGGACUGGAGAGGAUAUCACCAACUCUACAUACUGUUACUGAAGUCAGACUCACGAACAACAAUCUGAGGCAUGAGGACGUACCUCGUAUUUAUUCCAUAAUAACUCAUCCAAAGUGCCGAAUCCAAACGCUCAGCCUGAGGAACAAUGGCCUGACGGAGGAAAGCUGCCUACCAUUGGCUUUGGCCAUCAAUGAAAAUAAAUCCUUACGGGACUUGGAUCUCUCUAAGAACAAACUGGCUGGGGAUGAUUUUUAUCAGUUACUGGCGGUUCUUUCUGACCCAGCCUGCAGGAUAGAGCGUUUGGCACUCCAGGAGACCAAGCUGACUCCAGAAUACUGUGAAUCGCUGCUCUCCCUGACUAACAACACCAAGCUUGUGUUCCUCAAUAUCAGCAGCAAUUUCUUCGGCAAUACUGGUUACCCCCAUAUACAGAAACUUAUACUGACCCACCCCAGCCUGAAGGAGAUCAAGGUGGGGAUGAAUGAAUUUUCAGAAGAAACAGAGAAGAACCUGCUGCAGCUGCAGAGACACAGGACUGAUAUGACCAUUAACUUAUGACGGGCAGGAACAAGAAGGAACAGGGAUGUAAAUAGACAUUAUUGGGCCCCCAGCAAAAUUCAUAUAGAGCCCCCCUCACGCACACAUUUCAGGAACAGUACAUCAUUUUAUACAACGCCAUUUUAUACAACGCCAUUUUCUGUGCCCACUGGUCCUCGCCCACCCCUGCCCUCAAGCUCCACCCCAGAUCCCGCCCAGCCCAGGACCACAUUAGUUAAUGACCAGCUGGUCACGAUCCCAUUAUAAGUUAAAAACAUUUUUAAAAAAUCAUUGGUGGUUAGGGCCCCCCUACAAGUUAAAAAAAAAAGAUUGUUGCCAGGACCCCCCAUCAUUUUUUUUAAAAGAAACAUUGGUGGUCAGGGGCCCCAUAGAAUAUUUUAAAUAAGCAUCAGGGGCCUAGAUAGUCUUAACAUAAUACAUUGAUGGCCAGGGGUUUAAUAAAAUGAAAAAAAAAAAAAAAAAA